AUGGGUCUCAGCGAGAAAGCUAAGGGAAAGCAGCGUGCUGUAGAGCCGGCUAAUGAGCCAGAGGCAAAGGCUCUGUCGAAGGAUCUGACCAUUCGAUUCACCGAAGGUAUUCCUGACCUCAUGCUAGCUGUUGCAGAGAAAGACACGGUCCGCGACGUCAAGACGAAUAUCCGCGCUUCCAGACCACAGCUAGAAAAACGUCGUCUUAAGUUGAUUCUGUCAGGUCAACUUCUUACGGACAGCGCCCUGUUGUACACCAGAAUCGUUGUUCUAGAGGAGCGACAACGUCGAGCUGCGUCUGGAGGCCAGCCGAAUGUUGUAUCACUUGAGCCAAGCCCCGCUGCUUCUACCUGGUUGCACUGUUCUGUUGGCCCGCCAAUAGCAGACGAAGAAGAAGCGGAAGAGGAGAGUAAGAUCCAGACCGCUCAACUCAAGCCGUUGCGAGGGUUCGAUCGGCUGGCGGCUGCUGGUUUCUCAGCACAAGAUAUCGCCAAUUUCCGGCUGCAGUUCCAUGCACAUUCUGCAGUGGAUUAUUUGGACCAGGAAUUUGAAGACGAUGAAGAAUUUGACGAGCACGCUCGAGCGCUCGAAGAAAGGUGGAUAGAAUCUAUGGACGGCGGGACUGCCUCGCAGUCUGCUAACGCGUCAUCCGCGAUGUUGAACGGCAUUGGCAUCGGGUUCUUCUUCCCCCUUAUCCCGUUCUUCUACUUUCGCCCUCCUAAGCCGGCCGUUUUCUGGGACAAUGGGGUUGAGCACGAAGUGAUGGGCAGCAGCAUCUUCUCGAGGCGCAUGCAAAUCGGUGUCAUCCUCGGAUUUAUUGUGAACCUGAUUUUUGGCACAUGGAUUUAUCUUUUGACAGCACCUUGA